UCUGAAAAGGAGGUGAACGCGCGCGAGAGAGUACCAUUGGGCAAGGAAUUGGGGCAGGAGCCAAUGGUAAGGAGCGCGAGGUGGAGCGAUAGGUUUUAAAUAGGUGUGCAGGAUCCGUGCGUGGAUACGAGAGGAAAAGUUGGCGGUGACCGAUACCGCGCGGAGGCACCGCUGGGAUUAAAAUUCGGGUGAUAAGAGUGUGGGGGCUCAUUGUGCGGCGGGUAGUAGAACAACCUGCCCGGCACUUACUAUCCGUUCGUUGUGGUGGUAGUUUCCUACCCGGGGGAUACACACGGGCCGCGGUGUGAAACGUACCGAGAGGAGUGACGGUCCUGCUGAUAGAGCGGCGAGCACAAAGUACGUCUCAGUCGACGCUGAGCCAGCAGUGCGCUCAGCAGGUCCGCUCAACGCGGUAGAGAGAGUCCUGGGAGAGUCGUCUACGAACUCGUUUUCUCUCUUCUCUCUAAUUCGGUAUCUUCGGUCAAAAGGACGGCCAUGAGGUCCUGCGGCGGCUACCGGGCACUCCUCGUGCUCGCGACAGUGCUCGCCCACAUGACCGGCACGUUCGCCAAACGCGACUCACGCCAGUCGGCGGCCAACGGCAGGAGCGGUGUUGUUGCCGAUCAAGUAGCAUCAGCCCAGUCAUCGUCGGCCUUUUGGAGUCCCACCCUCAAAACCGACCUUUUCUCUCAGGACAAUAGCGCAACUUUCUUCCCUACGGCACAUGGUCUGGUGCAAACCCACCCAAGUGCCGGAGGGUUCCGUAGUGGUUUCGGUGGGAUCGACAACCUCGGUAGUCGAGGAGUGACGAUAAGGCCGCCGAGGACGCGACCUCUCGAUUAUAAUGAACGCGCCACCGCCGAAUUGCGCCGAAAUCCGUCGCUCUCAUCGCCUGAUGAGUGCGCUCGCGCCUGCCGUGAAAGCGAGCCUCCCAGGAUAUGCUAUUAUCAUUUCACACUCGAGUAUUACACCGUACUCGGCGCAGCGUGUCAAGUAUGCACACCGAACGCUACCAACUCCGUGUGGAGCGAAUGUCAGUGUGUUUUGGCGGACGGAGUGGAGCGAGGUAUCCUGACCGCGAACAGGAUGAUCCCUGGACCUAGCAUUCAGGUUUGCCAGGGUGACAAAGUCGUUAUUGAUGUGGAAAAUCACAUAGAAGGAAUGGAAGUCACGAUUCACUGGCACGGUGUGUGGCAAAGAGGGUCUCAGUAUUACGAUGGUGUACCUUACGUGACACAGUGCCCAAUUCAAGAGGGUAAUACGUUCAGGUAUCAAUGGACAGCCGGAAAUGAGGGCACACAUUUCUGGCAUGCUCACACUGGCAUGCAAAAGAUAGAUGGUCUCUAUGGAAGCAUAGUAAUCCGACAGCCACCGAGUAAAGAUCCCAAUAGCAAUCUGUACGAUUAUGAUUUAACCACGCACGUGAUACUCAUCAGUGACUGGUUCCACGAGAGCGCCGUCGAGCGUUUCCCCGGCCGCCUUGCAGUCAACACCGGUCAAGCACCUGAAAGCGUGCUGAUCAACGGGAAAGGUCAAUUCAGGGAUCCUAAUACCGGUUUUAUGACAAACACUCCUCUCGAAGUGUUCACGAUAACUCCGGGUCGUCGUUAUCGAUUCCGAUUGAUUAAUUCAUAUGGAUCAGUAUGCCCCGCCCAAAUUACAUUCGAGGGUCACACUCUCACGGUUAUCGCCACCGAUGGUGAAGCAGUGCAACCAGUACAAGUUAAUACUAUUAUUUCAUUCUCAGGUGAACGUUACGAUUUCGUCAUAAAUGCCGAUCAGCCUGUCGGUGCUUAUUGGAUCCAACUUCGUUCUCUCGGAGAAUGCGGAAUUCCGCGAUCGCAGCAGCUAGCUAUUCUUCGAUAUGCUCGUGGUCCUUAUCAGCCAUCUACUUCACCACCGACGUAUGACUUCGGUCUUCCUCAGGGCGUUGUCCUGAAUCCUCUGGAUGCUAUUUGCAACCGGCCGCGCGAGGAUGCGAUUUGCGUGAGUCAACUGAAGAACGCCCGCCACAUCGAUAAGGGUCUUCUUCAGCAACGCCCUGACGUGAAGAUCUUCCUGCCAUUCCGCUUCCUGUUCUACAGACCAGAAGAGGUCUUCCAGCCACAGACCUACAAUCGCUUCCUCGUUGCGCCGACCGGCGACCAUGUGAUUUCACUCGUGGACGAGAUCUCGUUCACAUUCCCACCGGCACCUCCGCUCUCACAGAUCGAUGACAUCCCACCUGAACAAUUCUGUAACGGUGAUAAUAGGCCAGCUGAUUGCGGCGCCAACUGCAUGUGCACGCAUCAGGUCGACAUUCCGUAUAACGCGGUCGUCGAGGUGGUUCUCGUAGACGAAGUACAACAGCCCAACUUGUCGCAUCCCUUCCACUUGCACGGAUACGCGUUCAACGUGGUUGGUAUCGGCCGUUCUCCCGAUAGGAACGUAAAGAAAAUCAAUUUGAAGCACGCCCUCGAUCUCGAUAAGCGAGGUCUCCUGCACAGAGAGUUCAACCUGCCCCCCGCUAAGGAUACCAUUGCCGUUCCCAACAACGGUUACGUCAUCUUCCGCUUCCGCGCGGACAAUCCGGGAUACUGGCUGUUCCAUUGCCAUUUCUUAUUCCACAUACUGAUUGGCAUGAAUCUGAUCCUGCACGUGGGAACGCAUGGGGAUCUGCCACCGAUACCGCCGAACUUCCCGACCUGCGGUGAUCAUUUGCCGCCCAUCACACCACCGCUGUCGCUAAGCGCGUUCCAUUGAUGUGUGAGCGAUGAGUUCAGAAACUAAGAGAGGGAGAGACGCUCCAAAGUCCAUACUUGUAGCAUAUUCCUGUAAAGUAGAGAGCCUGUAAUAUUGAUUUCUUUUUUUUUUUUUUCAACUACGCAAUCUCGUCAGCUGUUCUCGAGAGUGUGCUCUCGGCUCGAGAACAGCAAUCGAUCGGGCGAGGAAUCCGACGAGUGUCGACCCGCUGCCUCGCGAGAGCGGUUAAAAGCGAAAGAGACGAUGAGGAAAGUCAAGAUGAUGAGGAGACCCGCGAGGCAACGGGUUAACAAAAGGCGAUCGACGCCCUGCUGGGCGUCGCGAAGCGACGAACGUUCUCAGAGGUAACGAUGACUUUAACGUUGAAAGAUAAUGUUGACGGCAGUUGAUAAUUUAUUGUGUUCCAGAUGCUUCACCCAUCACUGUCAUUUAUGCUAUGUUUAUUACGCGUCUUCUUACAUUGCUAUGAAACUUUUUUGCCGUUCAUGAUUCGCGAUCGUAAAAUUCAGUUAUCUAUUUCGCUAUAAAGCAUACUGCGGGAAAUGUUUGGCUUUAUCUUCCAAAGAACAUCUGUAUACGUAGGCUGUAUCCGUGUAACUGCAACGACGAAUCGGCAAAUGCCGAUGUGGCGAGUGAAGCAUCUCAGCGGGAAACGUACAAACGUUACUGGCUAACGUUUGUAACGCUCUGUAAAUAAUGUAGAAAUAGUCACUACACUUAACGAGAUAUUAAUGUGGGAGUAACGGGAUACGUAGCAUAAGAGGGGCAUCACCGAGAAGUUGUGAUGACGGUCCGGAUAAAGGAUUAUCAUUAGGAUAAAUGCCCUUCCAAUAGGCUGGAUCUGUACGAUCGUCGAAAUCCGCAACUAUCCAAAUUAUUUAAAAGGACCUUGUUGUAUCAACUUCGAAACCAUCACAGAGAUAAAAAUUUAACUUUUACGCACAUUGAACAUAAUAUUUAUUUAAGCUAAUAACAAUUAACUUUUUAUUAACUAUGAAACAUUUGACUUUAUUUUUAUUGAUCAAUCAUCAUUGCGACUACGUCAUGCUUAUGCUUAUUCGUCAUAUAACAACUUUGUGUAACAUGCGAUUAAUCGUGAUUACAAAUGGUGACGAGUUUCCUCUCGACAGAUCCAGGCUCUUAAAACAGUCUCUUAGUUAGGAAGUGAAUUCGCACUUGUGCUGCGAACAACCCGAAAUCGCGCGUUUCUGUCAGCCUAAAAUUAGAUCGAUGAAAGCAGAUUAAUAUCGGCGCGAUUAUUCAAAUUUUACAUAAAGACUUAUCAAGCAUAUCAUAACAAUAUCCAAAUUGCGACGAUAUCAUCAAUGACUAGCGUUCUUCUCGCGGCUACAUCAGCGUACAUCAAUACAUCAACGCGCUAUUUAUUAUUUCACCUUCUGUUCACGUUAUUUUACAAAAUCCGGCAAAUUGAUCUGUCUCGAAGGCACAGGCUGACAUGUUAUCAUUAGUGUAUCGCGCAACAAUAGUUGUACGUUUAUUCAUGGUGCCUCAAUUUUUUUAUAGAAAAUACGUUUAUACGCAACUCACAAUUAACGCUUAAAUCGUUCGGUCAUAUAUAUAUAUAUAUACGGUAUACAAAUACGGAAACAUUACCGAGAUACAAGAAAUAAUCGCACACGCGCGUGCGUCGUGCCUUACAUAUCUGUAGAUAAUUUUUCCCUGGUAUAUUUCGCUAAAUACGUUCGACAGGAUCACCGAGACACGAAACACUCAAUAGCGUAAUCGUGAAAUGCAACGUAACUCGUCGGCUUGAUGCAAAAGAGAUGUAGCGUGGAUUAGCGAAUUUUUCAGUUGGUAUUGCCAAGAGAAGAGAGAGAUCCACUUUUUAACUAUCACAAAAAUAAGAAAAUAAAAAAGAAGUAAUUUAUAACCAUUUAACGUAGAGAUAUUUUUUCAUAAACCAUUAGUAGAGCUAGGAUAUAAGAAAUACAUAAUUUUUGUACAGUGUACGCGCGAAGUCUUCUCGUCAAUGUGAACAAUGUACCAACUGAAAAAUCAUCCUCCUUUUUUUUUAAAUCGUAAUCCUUUUGCAUGGAACUAUCGAGUUGUGCUGAACGUGCGUUGUUGCUUUCUCGAGUCGGCCGUUCGCUUUCUCGCCUCAGCAAAGGAGAACGUUCCUGGGAUUAAGAAGCACGAUUUAAAGACCGUGCAAAAAGCCGACGCGAUGUGAGAGCGAGAGGAUGUAUCUUCGAUACUAUCAGUCGAGGCGGUCGGCUUCGGAGACUGUGACAGUAUACGUCGAUUUAUUUUGAAUAGACGUGGAUAAAACGGCUUUAUGGGAUAGCAAAUAUACGCUGUUUUUUUUUUAACUAUACUCUUUUUAUUCUUAGGAAAUAUAGUUGAAAAGAGAUAUCAAGGAGAAACGUACCUGCCGUUUAAUUAAAUGUAUUACGAGCACGUUGAUUCUGCGUUUUCUCGUGAGCGAAUCUAAAAUUCAAUGGCUCACUCAUGGUGCAACGAUAAACAGAGUGAUUUCAUCGUCGACGAUCAAUCAUGAUUCAUCAUUCGCAGACAAUGAGGAAUGCAGGACACUUAAAUCGAGUUAAUUCAUCUUCGGUGCAGAGACAAUCAUGAUAUUCGUAUUGUUACAUAUUGUUAGGGCUAAUCAGAUUAACCGCAACAUUGAUACAUCGGCGCUCUUAGUGAUGAAUCUUUAAUAAUUAUUAUGAUCAAUUAGUAGGUAUUAUAAGAUUACUAAAACACGAUUAUGACCAAUUAUAUCAUUCGGAAACCUCAUGUAUAUCUCGGUACGUUCGUACAUCGCAUUUUCAGAAAGUUGUGGAGUACUAAUCAAACUUUCGGGGACAGCUAAAAAACUAUAUACAUGAUAAUACUACUGUCUUACAAAUUAUAUAUUCAUUUCUUAUGUCGUGCACUUCUUAGGCUGUGCACUUGAAAUAUUUUCACUGCAAAGAAUUUCAUGUAACUUUCCUAUACAUAAUAAUUUUCUUAUUGAUUUCAAAAAUUUUUUCUAUUGACUAUAAUUUUUGUAGAUAAAAAUCCAAAACGUACACGCAAAUUGUCAUCCAGUUAAUUAUUCAAUUCGAAAAUUUCUGAUUUUACUAAAAUUUUAAUAAAGAAAAGUCAAUCAAUUAUUUUGUGAUUAACUUUUCGAGCAGGUACAUUGAUCGUUGUAAAUAUUGUAAUACUGAAAAUUUUCUAGUAUUCCUGUAGCUAGUAAUAUCGGUUUUUCCCUUGUCCCCCCCCUCCCGUGCAAUUAUUCAUGUAAUUAAACCCGUAUAAAUAUUGUCAGUUACCAUCCGUAAGCAUAUAUGAGUUUUCGUGUUUUAUAUGGAGUAUUUAAGCGAGAGUUAUAUGCAUCGUGUACGUGUAGGCGUAUGCAAGUCUAUUGCUACGGACAAUUCAAUCGUAUUUUAUUCUAAAAAUGUAUUUUUAAUAAUAAAUCGUUUUUAAAAAUA